AUUAACCACAAGUCUACAGAUAAGCUUUAUAUUUUCUCUGUAUUUAAUUAUAAAGUUGUUCAGCUCUUUAUAAAACCAGCAGAAAGCUAAGGAAAAGUUCCAGCAGAGGGAGCCACAGACCUCUAUAGUCUUCCUCCUCAGCUUCAGUCUCUCAGAGGCGCUCAGUUUAUAAAUUUAACAGUUUUUCUCUUCAGGUUAUGUGUGUCGCUUGCCCACUGCUAGCUCUAUAACUCCUCUAGCUAGCGUUAGCUUUCCUAUGCUAGGCUAGUUUGCUUAUCUUGCUAGUUGAGUUGUAUGGUUAAAUAACGUUAUAUUUGUAGCUGAAUAUGAACGCAGUAGAGUCGAUUAAAUCUUCGCCUUUGAGCUCCACAAGAGAGGAUGCAGGAGGCGACUGUUUUGUCAGCGUGAGAAAACGGGACUUGGAAAGACUGUCCACAGAGGUCAUGCAACUCAGAGAGUUCCUGCCCAAAGUUAUUAACAGUGAAAUCAUGGUCGCCCUGCAUAAAGCCCAGAUCCUAGACAAAAAACUAAAGGAACAGGGUCUGCAGGAGCAGAAGAAGCAGCAGCUGAUGCAGGAGUGCCUACACCUCCGCUCACGCCUGGAGGCCCUGCAAGCAGAGUGCCAGAAAGACAAAGAGGAGAAGAUAGUUUUGAGGGAGCAGCUGUGGGAGAGCAGAGAGCAGCUGCAGCAGCAGGCUGAGUUCUGUACAGGCCUGGGCGCCGCUACAUGCACUCUGUUGUGGAGCGCCUCCAGCAAGGAGGAGGCCGUCAGGGACAUACUGGCUGAUGGUAAGCUGGAGCCAUUCCUGAGUGUAGCAGGUCAAACCCUGGAAAGCUUUGUCAAAUCUCUGGAUGAAGAGGAGAAACCCCAACAGCAGCACUACAAUUCUCACGAGCACCAGUUUGUGCUAGCGCUUGCAGGUGUCAUCACUAAUAUAGCUGCUGUGACGAGUGGAAGGGACUUUAUCUCCAACUCCGCCCACAUAUUGUUGGACACUCUGAUGCAGCUACUUGGGCUCAUGAAACCAGGGGUGUUUGCAAAACUCAAAGUGUUGAUGCUGAUGGCUUUGUAUAACGUCAGCAUCAGUGUGAAGGGGCUGACAUACAUCAGCGAGAGUCCCGCACUCAUACCGCUUAUACGCACCCUACUUAAAGACCAGGACUCAGAAGUGUGCCUGCAGGCUUUGCGGCUGCUCCAGUCUUUGCUGGUGGAGAGUGAAGUGGUGGUUCAGUUUACCCCUGACCUGCUGCGCUCUCUACCAACGGGACGCAUCCGCCAGCUGACCUCCAGCCGCCAUACCGUGCUCAGCCAAACAGCCAAGGAGGCCCUGGAGGACCUGGAGCGGCUCACCAGCACCCAGAAAUCAGCCACUGAGAAAAAACAGUCAAGUAUCUGACAUCUGUGGACUACCAGGAUUACUUUUCUCAGUGGGGGACUGUUUUAGCUUUUCUCUUGUUCAUCAGUGGUAAUGGUGUAAUUAGUUAAGAGUGGUCAGAGGUCAUAGGGUCAGCUGAAAUAUGGCCAAACUGGUUCUCUGGGUCGUAAUAUUGGUAAGAGUGGUUGAUGUUACCGUGUUUUAGGAGAAUAUUGCUUGUACACUGGUUAAGGAUAGUGUUCCAAGAAUUUGAAGACUAUUAGUUGUUCUUAUACACUACAAGAAUAGUCGAGAUUCUUUUUAUCUGCACAUUGAUUACCACAAAUAAUUACUGUGAAAUAUUUCCCUGUACUUACAUAAAAACACUAACUUACUAAGAAUUGAAGCGAAUGGGCAAAUUCUUGAGCAUUUUUAUUUUUGAGCCAUUUACUUUUGUUUGCUUCUAAGUACAGGAGAAUCUUUUUCCAGAUAAACUACAUAUAUAAAAGUUAGAAAAAUGUUAAAGAUGGCUGUGAUUGUACCUAAUCUCAUGUCUCAGUUACAUGUUCCUCUUUCUGUUCAUACUGUUCCUAUUGUUUUGUAUUUUGUCUGUCAUUAAAACUAUUUUAUAAUCAUAUAAAAUCUGCAAACCGGCCAAACUGUGACAGAAGAUAAAAGGACCUUUGAGUUCA